CGCAACACGAGACAGAAAUAGGUCCGAAGCACUCUACAGACAGAUUGAAGUCCACUUCUCAGCCGAACCAAGUUAACUCGCUGCCGCGUCCACCGCCACCAAUGGUCGGACAAACUCAAGCCCAGACAACGGAAACUCAGCCUCAGCCCACCACCGACCCAGCCAAUGCUCCUCCUGAAAACCCUUCCCCAACUACCAAAAUCCCUUUCCGCCCACGGAAAAUCCGAAAACUUUCCCCCAAAACUUCCUCCGACUCCAAAUCCUCUCAAUCCACCGCCACUGAAAACCCUAAAACCACCACCGAAAGCCCUAAAACCGCCGCCACUGCCACGGAAAGCCCUAAAAUUACCACCACCUCCAAACCAUCAAAAUCCAAAUUGACCCCAUCAUCACAACCCAAACCAAUAGUCCCAACACUCAUGGCUCGAUCUCUCUCUUGCGAAGGCGAAAUUGAAAUCGCCCUCCGCCACCUCCGAACCGCUGACCCAAUUCUCUCAUCAUUAAUCGAUCACCACCAGCCCCCAAUCUUCGAUUCCUUUCAUUCUCCAUUUUUAGCCCUAAGUAGAAGCAUUCUCUACCAACAACUCGCUUACAAAGCAGGCACUUCAAUCUACACCCGCUUUGUAUCCCUAUGCGGCGGUGAAUCCGGUGUCCUCCCCGAAACAAUUCUUUCUCUAACCCCUCACCAGCUCCGCCAAGUCGGCAUUUCGAAUCGAAAAGCAAGUUAUCUCCAUGACCUUGCAAGAAAAUACCAAAAUGGAAUUUUAUCGGAUUCCUCAAUUCUUGAAUUGGAUGAUAAGUCUUUGUUUACAAUGCUUACUAUGGUUAAUGGUAUUGGGUCUUGGUCAGUUCAUAUGUUUAUGAUUUUUUCUCUGCAUAGACCGGAUGUGCUUCCUGUAAAUGAUCUUGGGGUGAGAAAAGGGGUACAGAUGCUUUAUGGGCUUGAGGAGUUACCGAAACCAUCGCAGAUGGAGCAAUUGUGUGAGAAAUGGAGGCCGUAUAGGUCUGUCGCGGCGUGGUACAUGUGGAGGUUUGUGGAAGCAAAGGGGUCGAAUUCGAGUGCAGCUGUAGUGACUGGAGAGAAUUUGCAGCAGCAACAACAGCAGCAGUUUUUGGAUCCUAUUAAUGGCAUUCUUAAUUUCGGGGCUUGUGCUUGGGGACAGUGAACCUUAUCUCAAUUGGGAAGUGUUGUCAAUGAUCAGCCAUGUUUAUACGUCAAUCAGUUUGAGGAUGAGGGCUGCAUAACAGGGCAAGGAAAGUUACGGGGCUCGUAACUCCGGGAGUGUCGGGACUUGUGAGAGAGGAGCAUCUUACCUAUUUUAGGAUUAACAAUAAAGGCUAUGUGCUCUAAUUUUCUUAUUUGAGAAAUGGCAGUUCCAAUUUGGUUUGUCUUGUAUAUGACACUUACGAAACCCAUCUAAUUCUCGUCUGAUGUUUUGUCUCACGUUAUAAAACUUCAAAUUUCCGCAGGCAUGUAUCCAAAUCUCUCUCUCUCACUCAUUUUGGAAAAAUGGGAGGAUAGAAAGUUCGAA